UCAAUAAUAAAGCAUAGUAGUAGUGACUAGUGAGGGGCAUUAAGUAUUGAUUGUUUAAUGCAGGUAACAGGUUGAAGCUUCCAUGACCGCCAUGCAUGCAUGUUACGUUGUAUGUGAAAGCCAACUCAUAAGAAGAUAUUCUUAGUUGUUUGUUGCAGCCUCCGCAACCGCCUUUGGUGCUUUGUCUCUAUAAAUUAACGUGUGUACGCGUCACUCCCUCACUCUGUACGGAAACUUGAGCUAUUUACUCAACACAGAUAUUUUUAAGACACUGACAACAGUGCCUCUUAACCGCCCUUUACAGUAUCUCCUCUUCCUCCUCAAUCCUACUUAAUUGCUUUGCUUCUCCUUUUAAUUUCUAUAUAUUUCUCUCUCUUCUGGAAACAAUUACUUUAAGGAUGAGUAAACAAGACUUGUUGAAAGUUCAGCAGAGCUGUGUUCUCAAGGUUAAUAUCCACUGCGAUGGCUGUGAGCAAAAAGUCAAGAAACUGCUGCAGAAAAUCGAUGGGGUUUAUUCUGUGAGAGUAGAUGCAGAUGAAGGGAAAGUGGUAGUGGCAGGAGAUGUGGAUCCAGCGAAACUGGUAAAAAAGCUAAAGAGGGGAGGGAAGCAUGCUGAGAUAUGCCAGAACCAGAAAGGAGAAAUGAUGUGUAAUCAGAUUCAGAACUAUCCUAUCAAUCCCCAAUUCCAGAACAUGCAACUUGGUAUUGGGGGAAAGGACAACAAUAAUAAUCACAAGGGUCAGAAAGAGAAAGGUACUGCUGCGGCUGCUGGUCAACUAGCACACUUCCCUAUUCUUAAAGGGGUUCAGGAUCUCAAGGUACCUGCCAAGGAACAAAAGUCUGUCAAGUUCAACUUGCCAGAGGAGGAUGAAUUUGAUGCCAGUGAUGAUGGUUAUGAUGAGGAUGGAUUAGGCCAUGGACAUCCAAUGCAGAACAAGAUCAUGCCCAUGAUGAUUAAUCACAACCAUAAAGACAAUUCUGGUGGGAGUAGGAAUAUUAAUGGAAGUGUUAAGAAAGCUGACGUCAUUGAUCAGGCAAUGCUGUUCAAGGGCAAAGGUGGAAAUUUCGAUGAGGCAGAAGCUGACAAUGAUGGAGGAAAGAAAGGUAGUAGUAGCCAAAAAGAUGAAAUCAAGAAGGGGGAUUUGGAUAAGCCUAAGGCAGUCGGUGAGGUAGAUUUUCAUAAGAAAAAGAAUGGGAAAAGUGAGAAUGGAUUACUUGGUCGGUUUCUAGGCUUUGGGAAAAAGAGCAAGAAAGGAGAAUUAGAAGAAACAACUUAUACCAAUAAGAGCAAGAACCAAAACAGUGGUGCUGAAAAUAAGAAAGGCAAGGAAGGGAAAUUGGAGGAUCAUGGUAACAAUGACUUUGAUUUUCAUGAUUACGAUGAUACCCCUCCUCAUCCCAAAAAUGGCAAAAGUGGUAAGGGUAGUAACAAUGUCAAAGAAGGCCAGAUGGGCCCGGGCCCAAUAAUGGGUAAUAAUCUUCCAAUGCGUCAUCAGAUGGAGAAUAUUCAAGCAGUACAAGGACUUCCGGCGAUGAAUGGUGAUGGUGGGUAUUAUCAAGGGGUGCAAAUGCAACAUGCUCCAUACAAUAACCUUCAGCAGCACUACAUGGGUAUGAUGAUGAACCAGCAUCAACAUCAGCAAGCAAAUAUGAACAACAACAUGUACCCAACACCCAUGAUGUAUGGUAGGCCGCAUCCAUCUAUGAACUACAUGCCACCACCUCCUAUGCCAUCUCACCCAAUUGCCGAUCCUAUUACUCAUACUUUCAGUGAUGAGAAUGUUGAGAGCUGCAGUAUCAUGUAAUUAAUUAAUUAAUUACUAGUGACAACUUGCUUUUCUGCUCUAUGAUUCGGUCUUUAGGGAGUUCAUUAAAUUUUGUGUAGGACGGAAAAUGUGGGAUGUUUAGGAUUAUAUUAUUAUAUUAUAUAUAAAUAAAUAGUAUAUUGUUUGCUCA